GCGGCGCUGCCUAGGCUCCACUGGGCUUGGCUUGGCAGGUCCUGUGGGGGUGGGCGACGGGGAUGACAGCCGCGGGGGUGGCGGCGGCUGCGGCGCGAGGCUGAGCAAGCGGCGUGCGAGCCAAGGGAAGAGGAGGAAGUGGAGCCCUGGCCGGGAGCGCCGGAGUCAGCCACCGGCCGUGGUCCGCCCCAUUUUGCAGAGCGAGCUGAGUCCGGACCUCGAAAGACUUCCCCACCCGGCUCCAGCCCCUGCGGCUCCUCUCUGGCGUCCUGACCAGCCCUGCCUGCCCCGGCCCCGGUUUCCGCGCCGGGACACUUCCAGCCCUACGGUCCGGGGCAUCGUGGCUGGGACUCCCCGAGCCCCUGACCCUGACUCAGUGCACCUGGGCGGGACGCUACUGGCCCACCACACGGAUCCAUGGUUGCGGGGUGGUUCCCAGCCUUUUACAGUGUCUGUCGGAGCCCCCAGCCCUCCGCCUGGGGUUAACGCAGGUUGCCCCCAGGACUCCGACUGAGUGCCCGGACGCCCCCAGCUUCUGUUUCCCCGAGACCUGGACCUUCAGCUGCUGCCAGCCCGGUGCUUCGGACUGGGGACCCGCGAGCGCCCAGGAAACCCCGGCCCGGGUCCAGCGCCCCCCUGAGGGGUCCCAGGCGGACUGGACAAUCGGACUGAACCGGACUGGGGUGGUGCUGCGAGCCGAAGCAGCCACCUUCCUGCCAUCCCAGGCUUGGUGCUCGCCCCGAAGAGAACACAGGGGCCCCUGCCCUGGCGUCCGGCGGGAGCUGAGAGCUGCAGGGACAGGUCCCUUUGGGGGUUUAUAGGACUGUGGAUUAUCGGACCCACGUACCUAAGCUCACGUCGACCUCCAUCCCCAAGGCCAGCUCAGCAUCUGCUCUCCCAGUGAAGUGACAUCACCAAGUCCCUGACAGGACACCUCUGGGAGUCCAGCUCACAGCCACUGGUGCCUUCUUCCAGGACCAGCCUGGUGCCCCCAUGGGCUCCUGAGGGCCGGGCACCAGGGCCGCGGGCACGAGCAUGGUGAGACACCAGCCCCUGCAGUACUACGAGCCCCAGCUGUGCCUCUCCUGCCUCACGGGCAUCUACGGCUGCCGCUGGAAACGCUACCAGCGCUCCCACGAUGACACCACGCCGUGGGAACGCCUGUGGUUCCUGCUCCUCACCGUCACCUUCGGCCUCACGCUCACCUGGCUCUACUUCUGGUGGGAAGUCCACAAUGACUACGACGAAUUCAACUGGUACCUCUACAACCGCAUGGGCUACUGGAGCGACUGGUCUGUGCCCAUCCUCAUGACCACAGCCACUGCCUUCACUUACAUCGCAGGCCUCCUGGUCCUGGCCCUGUGUCACAUUGCCGUGGGGCAGCAGAUGAACCUGCACUGGCUGCACAAGAUGGGGCUGGUGGUCAUCCUGGUGUCCACCGUGGUGGCCAUGUCGGCCGUGGCCCAGCUGUGGGAGGAUGAGUGGGAGGUGCUCCUGAUCUCCCUGCAGGGCACAGCUCCGUUCCUGCACAUGGGGGCCCUGGCCGCCCUCACGGCGCUCUCCUGGAUCGUGGCAGGACAGUUUGCUCGGGCGGAGCGUUCCUCCUCCCAGAUGGCCAUCCUCUGCACCUUCUUUGCUGUGGUGUUUGCCCUCUACCUGGCCCCUCUCACCUUCUCCUCUCCCUGCAUCAUGGAGAAGAAGGACCUGGGCCCCAAGCCCGCCCUCAUUGGCCACCGCGGCGCCCCCAUGCUGGCCCCAGAGCACACGCUGAUGUCCUUCCGGAAGGCCCUGGAGCAGAAGCUGUACGGGUUACAAGCUGACGUCACCAUCAGCCUGGACGGCGUGCCCUUCCUCAUGCACGACACCACCCUGCGGCGCACCACCAACGUGGAGGAGCAGUUCCCCGAGCUCGCCCGCAGGCCCGCCUCCAUGCUCAACUGGACUGUCCUGCAGAGGCUCAACGCCGGCCGCUGGUUCCUGAAGACGGACCCCUUCUGGACGGCCAGCUCCCUGUCACCCUCCGACUACAGGGAGGUCCAGAACCAGUCCAUCUGCAGCCUAGCCGAGCUCCUGGAGUUGGCCAAGGGCAAUGCCACGCUGCUGCUCAACCUGCGAGACCCUCCUCGAGAGCAUCCCUACCGCAGCAGCUUCCUCAACGUCACGCUGGAGGCGGUGCUGCGCUCAGGCUUCCCCCAGCACCAGAUCAUGUGGCUGCCCAACAGGCAGAGGCCCUUCGUGCGGAAGGUGGCUCCUGGCUUCCAGCAGACGUCAGGCUCCAAGGAGGCAGCCGCCAACCUGCGGAGAGGCCACAUCCAGCGGCUGAACCUGCGCUACACUCAGGUGUCCCGCCAGGAGCUCAGGGACUAUGCAUCCUGGAACCUGAGUGUGAACCUCUACACGGUCAAUGCACCCUGGCUCUUCUCCCUGCUGUGGUGCUCGGGGGUCCCCUCUGUCACCUCUGACAACUCCCACACCCUGUCCCAGGUGCCUUCCCCACUCUGGAUCAUGCCCCCGGACGAGUACUGCCUCAUGUGGGUCAUCGCCGACCUGAUCUCCUUCACCCUCAUCGUUGGCAUCUUUGUGCUCCAGAACUAUCACUUGAUCAGGUGGCGCCUGGGUGGCAUACGGAGCUACAACCCCGAGCAGAUCAUGCUGAGUGCAGCGGUGCACCGCAGCAGCCGGGACGUCAGCAUCAUGAAGGAGAAGCUCAUCUUCUCAGAGAUCAGCGACGGCAUGGAGGUCUCCGACGAGCUCUCUGUGUGUUCCGACAACAGCUACGACACAUACUCCAACAGCACCACCACCCCAGUGGACCCCCGGGGGACUGGCAGCCGUGCCAAGACCCUCACAGACCGGAGUGGCCGCUAGUUGAAGACCUGUCUUCCCAGGCUGGACCUAACGUGGAGACCAGGGAGCCCAAAAGAGCUGGCAGAAGCGUGUCUGGACUCGGAGUGCCCUGGGAGCUGGCUCCACGGCCUCCUCAGUGGCUCUAGCCCUCCUUGUCUGCCAUGGCCUCUCCUGCCCCCUUGCCCCUGAGGCCCAGCUGGGCUAGGACUCCAGCCUCUCAGAUGCCCCUGCAGGCCUGGGGAUCCUUCUGCUGGGAACGGUGGGAACUGGGGCCCGGUCCUGCCGAGGUCCCCCCUUGCACCCCGAUCUGGAAGCUCUGCUGGGCCGUGCCAUACCCCCGUGGCAGGGGAGGGUGUGGAUGCUCACGUGUUCGUGCUGUGAGGCGGCCAACUUCCCCGUGUUUCUCCUGCCUCGAGGACCUGGCGCUGGGCCUCUGCCCCCAGCAGCCCUCUCUUCACCUGAGUCUCAAAGCACAAGGAGGCUCAACUCAGGAGGAAAGCCGGCCACAGUGGUGCAGCUACGCCUCCUGACCAGGCUCCCGUUGCCACUGCACCCACCCUGGGAAAGGGCCCGAGCCACGUUCCCCAGGAGCAGCUGGAAAUGGCCAGAAGAGCAGGCUCAGGGCUGCUCAACCCCGUGCCCGGGUGUCCAGCAGCCCAGGGCAUCCACGGACUGACAGGACCUCGGUGGCCACCGGGCAGGGGCCCCCUGGGAAGAGUGGUCUGGGCGUGGUCAAGGGGUGGGCAUGUGGCCGAGGAGGCCUGCAGUGGGGGGAGCCUGACGGACCUUGGCCAAGAUGAUUAAAGCUGCCCUCUCAGCAUGUCAUUUCUGAAUGUCAGUGGGAGGGUGGGGACAGACCUUGCUGGGCUUGGGAUUCAGUCUUGGCCCCAUGAUUUGAGGAGGAGCCAUUUUCAGAAAUGAGCAGCGAAGGGCAGCAGGUUCCUUAACGGCCCUGGGAUGGGGGAUAUCUCCCCUGACUGCGGUGGGGAAGACUGUCUCGGGCAGGUGAGGUGGCCAUCCAAGGCCACAGGGAACGGGUGGCGCCAGAACCCCACCCAGGCCCCCACCCUGGAGUGCGGGAGUGCCUUCUGUGACCGGCUGGGGACAGCGAGGCAGAUGGGUAGGGGGCUGCGGGGCCCAGUGCAGGGGCGGGCAAUGGGCUGAGGAGGUCCCCUCACAGCCACAGAGAGGCCUUCUGAGCUCCCUGGCCUGGGGAGUGACAGGCCAGGAGAUGCCACUCCGCCCUGGUGGAGGUUGGGCUUGGACUUCUCAAGGCUUUGGACCUGACCAAAGUGGGCCCACCCCAUUCCUGCACAUUGGGGUGCCUGGGCUGAGAGCCCCAAUGUAGCCCCUGGGACCACAGAUGUCAGAUGUCCCUUCCUGCCUUUUGGGCCUUGCACCUCUGCCCUCCAUGAAGGGGGCGAGCAGUGGGGUUUGGGCAGGUCGGUAACUGCCACCUUUGUCCAAAGAGUCUGUGUGACCCUGGGUGUGUCUAGGGGGAAGGCAGGGGGCCGACCCCCAGCACCAGCCAGCAUUGAAUAAACAGGGUGCUUCCCGGGAGCC